AUGACUUCCAGAUCAAGGCAAGGGGGCUACAACUACGUAUCGGACAUCAUCGAGACUCUAUCAUCUCGGAAGAUGAUCAUCCGCGAGCCCAAAGAGGAAGCUUGGUCAUGUCAAAUCGAAAACGAAAUAGCCUUCCUUACGUACCUUGCCAAAAACCACCCGUCGAUACCAGUCCCUAAGGUGUACACUUAUAACAUCAAGCAAUCAGGAUCGGACAGUCCGUAUAUUGCUACGGAGUUCAUCGAUAGCCGGCCUCUAGAUUGCCUAUGGUCUAGCUUGACAGAAACCGAGAAAGCAAGUGUUGCUGAGGAAGUUGCGCGAAUCAUUGGCACACUGAGUGAGAUCAAUCUCGGCGGUAUUGGCGGUUUCACUUUGGAGCAUAGACUCGGACCCACCGUUGAAGGCUUCAAAUUCAACGCGUCUGCGGAAGACCUAGAUGAGGACCUCUUUGAAAACAUUUCGAAAGAGAAGUUCAUCGGGUCCUUGCGAACAGCCCGGGACAUAUUGUCUUCCAAUUAUCGACCAUGGAGCGACCGAAUCAAAGACGCAGUAGUGGAGAAAGUGAGGAGCAGGGGUUGGGAGGAGGAUCAGGUGGCGCUGUUGGUCGGACGAGGAAACGGCGAGGUACAGCUGGCCAGGAGAGAGAUGAUUCCUAUGGACGACGACGCCGAUAGCGAUGAGGAUGAGGGUGAGGGUGAGGAUGAUGGAGGUGCUGAUGAGAGUGAAAAGGGUAAUAAUGAGGGUGAGAAUGAUGGAGGUCCUGAUGACAGCGAAGAGGGUAAUAAGAAUGUUGAGGUCCGGGGUUGGUAG